ACACAGCUAAUAAGUAUCUGAGGCCGGAUUUGAACUCCGGGGGUCUUCCUUCUAUCCACCAAGCCACCCAGCAGUCUUAGAAACCAUCACACAGAGCCUCCUUUUACAGACGAGGAGGCUGAGGCACAUAAAGAAAUCAUUUGUCCAGAGCCACGUAGCCAUUGAUGAGGCAGAAUUUGCACUCAAGUCUUCCUGGCCCAAAUCCAGUACCCUAACCACUGUGCUAAACUAAUCUUCAUUUGAGUAAAAAUUCUUAAACUGAAAAGUAGUGGGGGAGGCAAAGAACAAACCUCUUAAACAGAGUAGUUAUAAAGUCCUUGUGCAUCUUUUAACUUCAAUACGUGGCACAGUGGAUGGAGCACUGGGCCCGGGGUCAGAAAUUGAUCUUAGACACUUAUCCUGGGCAAGUCACUUAACCUGGUCGCCUCAGUUUCCUGCACUGUAAAAUGGGUAAUAACAGCGCCUAUCUCCCAGGAUUAUCUGAAUUAAAUGAGAUAACAUUUAUAAAGUGCUUAGCACAGUGUAAGCACACAGUAGGGGUGUGUGUGGAUAGGUGGGGGGGCCCUUAGUAGGUGCUACAUAUAUUCCCUUCCCCCAAUAACUUAGAGUUUAUAUGUUAGAAGCACACUGGAGACGGCACAUGAAAGUUUAUUUCUCAACGUUUUUUGGCUUUAGUCUUGUCAAUUUGAAGUUAUUUCUUUUCGUAAAUGUAAUUCGUGAAAUUAGUGAACGGAAAAUCAGUAGGAAUGAGUCACAAAUGAUGGUGGUGAGGUCAAAGGUUAAAAUAGAGGGAAGAGCGAGUAAGAGCAGUGACCUGCUUGAGCUCUGCCCCAAACCCCUCCAAAUACCUGUAAAAAACGGCUCUGAAAUAGAGGGAAGAUCGACGUAGAGAUGCCCCUCAAAUCACAGGAGACAAAAUCCAAAAAAGCCAUCUCUAGGCCCACGAUCUUAGACGUCUACACACAAAAGCACCAAAGCCUGUGCCCGGAUCCCCUAGUUAGUAAGCAGGGAAGGCAGGGUUUGAAAGUCUCUCCUGCUGCCCAAGCCAAGCCUGAAGAUCAGGCAGCUACUGUCUGCCAGUGACUGAGGGGCUGUCAUUUAUGUGGAAGGAGAGUGGCCUUUGGGCUUGGAGAAUUCUAAAUGUCGGGCUGAAAGGGUCCAGCAAGGCACCCUCCCCCCGCCAUUUUCAGGUGAGGAAACUGAGGCACUACAGGUUAAGUGACUUGCUCAAGUUCACCUAGGUCAGCAGGGGCAGAGGGGGGAAUACGAACUUGGUUCCUCUGACUCCAGACACAGUGCUCUUCUCAUUACAGCACACUGCCUUAUUAUUCUGCUUGAUACCAGGAUCAGAACCAGAAAAACUGUGGGGCGAGCUGCAGAGAGGAAGACUUCAGCUUGAUGCAAAGAAUCACUUCCCGGCAACCUGAACCAUCCGUAAGACAGGGAGUGAGUUCCCCAUCACCAGCCGUCUUCGAGCAAAGGGCUAGAUGCCCACUUGUCUGAUACGUUGCAGGAGGGGUGGGAGCUUAUGGUUCCAGCACAAGUCGGGCUUAGAUUGAAACGCCGCUUGCUUGGAGGUUCAGUGACUCCGUCUCUCAUUUCGAACUCCAGAGUUACUGCCCCUCGCCCCACAGAACUAGAGAACUAGCAGGGCGCAGGAGGGCUCCAUCUGCGCAUGUGCCAACUUCGCUGGCUUCUGCCCUCAGUAAAGAUGGCGCCGCCGCCGGCGGCGGCGGAAGUUGCCGAAACUGUGGUUCCGGAAGCUGUCAAAACGAAGCGUUUCCGUAAGUUGCCGAGAUUGUCCUGAAGCUUCCGAGAGGAGGGCAUCGGGGGAGCAGGAUGGCGGACUUGGUUAAGAAGCUGCGGGCGGAGGGCAUCGAGAAGCGGGUUGUACAGGAGGGCACCGGGGAGCUGCCCGACUUCCGGGACGGGACCAAGGCCACCUUCCAUUUCCGGACCCUGCGCAGCGACGAGGAGGGAGCGGUCAUCGAUGACAGCCGCCAGCGGGGGAAGCCCAUGGAGCUCAUCCUGGGCAAGCAGUUCAAGCUGCCGGUGUGGGAGACGAUCGUGCGCACGAUGCGGCCGGCCGAGGUGGCCGAGUUCCUCUGUGACGUCAAGUGUCCAGAGAUGAGCCCCCAUCCCAAACCUGGUGUGGUCAGGCUGAGGACGGUGCCAAGGCCCCAUCAGGCCUCUGGAUGUGCUGAUCCACUAGCUCUUUUAGCGACCCCUCCUGCCUUCCUUCCUUCCCCCUUUUCAGCUUUCAGUCAGAGGCCCUUCCCAGCACUUCAGCCCGGGAUCCUUGGAAAUGUAAUAUCAUUCAGGGUAAAACCGUGUAUGUCAGAAGCUGGGGGAGGCCGAGAUGCGCUGAGCACCUGCCGGCUGUGCCCAGCUCUGGCCUGCUUUCUGGGAGCGGUCAGUCUGGGGAGGGCAAAGAGAUCCCUGCGGCUGGGAGUUAGCCAGGAGCCGUCUCGGGAGCCUGUGGGAUUUGGCAGCUUCGGGAGAGAGUUAUAUCUCUGCUCAUCCAGCCUGGGUGGAGCACGUGGUCCUGUACCCACUGGUGUCGAAAAGUCUCCGGAACAUCGCCGCAGGCAAGGACCCCCUGGAGGGCCAGCGGCACUGCUGUGGCAUCGCCCAGAUGCAAGAGCACAGCUCCCUGGGCCACGCCGACCUGGAUGAGCUGCAGCGGCACCCCCAGCCCCUCAUCUUCCACAUAGAAAUGAUCAAGGUCGAGGCUCCAGGUACCUACCAGCAGGACCCGUGGGCCAUGAGCGACGAGGAGAAGAUGAAGGCCGUGCCGCUCAUCCACGAGGAAG